CACUGUUGCUGUUCCCUCAAUUCACGCUCAGCCACCGUCGAAGUCGGUUCUUUUUCAUCAAUCUUUUUCCAGUGCGAAGCUACUUAACUGGUCAGUAAGGGAAACGGAAAUAUCAAACGUCUUAUUAACAAAACUGAUUAACCUGAUUAACCAAACUGAUUGACUGCUACCUGAUUCGAACUAGUAAGUUUACUAGUAAGUCAUAAACUUUUGUGAAAAUCGAGUUGGUUAACGUGUCGUAAUUUCGAUCGAACAUAUAUCGAUCGAUCGAUCCGUUCGAUGAAAUCGAAUCGUGCCGCGAACCAGAUCGUGUUGUAAUCGAUAAAAUAUAUAAUCGCGUGGCCGGGUUGUGGGCCGUGGAAAUCGGAUUUUCAGCGUCUCGUUCGAAAAUAGAACGAAAUUUACGACUUAGGAGCCGGUGCUCGUGAUCGAUGUGCACCUGCAAGGAAUAGCGUGGGAUGCUGUAAGCCAAGGCGACUGCCGGCUAACAUCGCAGCUACUUGAACGUGAAACGUAUCAACAGGGAACGAUAACCGAACGAGGAUGCUUCCUGCUAGAAGAUUAAUCAUUGCCGUGUUUGGUGUUUGCUUGUUGACCGCUCUUUUUGAGGUGAGCGAAGCCAGGCCGCACAUCAGGCAUCAGAAAGACGGGAGCCAUUGUAGCAGAUGCGGUCCAGGCUGGGGCGCCGUGAACCAUUGCGUCCGUGGCCAUGACACCGAAUGCGGCAAAUGUGCACCAGGCACCUACAGCCCCCACCACAGCACCCAGCCCUGCUGGAUCUGUUCUAGGUGCGGUCCAGGCCUGUACGAGGCGCAUCCUUGCACUUCCAAAACGGAUACCGUCUGCGAUUCCUGUCACAGGCCUGCCCCGGAUAAUCUCGACUAUCGAAACAAGUGUAAAGGUCGAACGAAUUUGUUUCUCGCACCGGAGGACGCGUUCGACACUGCGGAGCAGAGUAUCUUGGUGAACGAACCCGAUGGACGGGAUCUGUUGGCUGACGGAGACAAAGUGCUGGAGAAAGACGCCGAGGCGGCCAUUAUCAACGGAGAAUUUAAUUUUUUGGAAAGGUUCUAGGACUGGAAUCGUUUAGUACAGUUGCCGCUACUUUGUUUCCAUUUUUAAGAAAACGCUUUCUAAAGAUAUUACCGCGUUCCGGUUAAUCCGAACGAAAGAAUCGCCCGUUACCGUUAAGUUUUAGUCAUCGAUGAUCCGCCAUUCUCUUCUUCUAAAAGUAGUAGACAAAAAUUCUACUUUCUAAGACUCGGCGAUCUUCCAACAUUCCGCGACAACUAUAUCUUGACGAACCGUGAAGGAGGCGCUUUCGUUUCCUCAUAUCCUUUGAAACGUUCCUACGGUUCUACAAGAUCCUGUUCGGACGAGUAGAUCGGGAUCGGAGAUCGAGAGGAAGCUUUCUCCUGGGAUAUCGGGUUUCCUUGAAUCGUCCGGGGAAAAUUGCAAGAUCCAGCUGUGUGGAAUACCACCGAAUACUCUUCGUAGAAAUUCAUAAGACGAAGUGAGGACGAUUAAGAAAGUUUUCGGCUUCGAAUAGAAGCGGAAGAUCGUGGAUUAAGACUCGUUAGCCCCGUCGAGUUCGUUUGCAAGCUUUAAGACUGUGGAUCAGAUUGAAGGAUUUUAAAAUCGCUGAUCGAAUUUAAAAUGUUCAUCGAGAGAAAGAUUGAAUUAUUAGAACACGUUAUUAUUCAAAUGAUCGAUAUCUGCGCUUUAAGUUGAGGCUCGACUGGUUAACGUCUACUACUUGUCAACGCUGGUGCUCGUUUUUUUUUUUUCUUUUCAAUUUUCCUAUUACGUACCUUUUUCUUGUAUAUUUUAAUAGUAUGUAUAAAUAUUCGAGAAGGAAUUGGUCGGCUUAGAUCGAUCCCUCGUUGCUAGUCAGUUAACCACUAAGUAGUCUGAUAAGAGGUAUCAUAUGGAAUCGACACGAGGUAAUAUUUAAACAGCGGUGUAUACCGUACGCGUAUGCCGUCAUAGUUCGACUCUAAACGUAAUAUAUAACGGCACGUCAUCUUCCACCGAGCGAUAUAUUGCACCUUUGAUGUCGACAGCUCGUUAAUCAUGGUACUCGGAAAGUCCAGUUCAUCAUGGCGUUCGAUCUCUUUCGACAAAAUAUUUCCGAUUGUCUCGUAUGGGAUACACUAUGAGAAUUUCGAACGGUAAGACUAGAAAGCUUGCGUUAAUUUUGAAACGACGUCUAAUCGGUUACGUUAGUUUGCCAAUUAAUGCUAAUAAAUACGAGAUACUUAGAUGGUACUUAGAUGCGAUUCUCUAGAGUAUCUUUGAUGAAUAUUCGGCAUUUGCUCGAACCUAACGAGACAAUCGUUUUAGCACGUUCUAAGUGUAGAUUCCUGUAUGAUAUAAUAUAUUAUAAGCAUAUUUAUAUGUAUAUACCCAAAGAUCUCCUUCAUAUCGUCUGCAUAUACGCAAAUUCUCUCUGCAGAAUUCUUUCAUUCGAAGAAGCUAAACAUUCUUUCUCUUUCUUCUUUCG